AUGGAAGAAGGUAGCAGCUCACGCAGUAAGAAAAGGCCUGCAGAGGACGAGGCAGAUAGCAGCUAUCGCAGUAAUAAAAGACCUGCACUGGAGGAGGCAGAGAAGGAGGAGGCCGAGGAGGUUCCAUUUGAUCCACGGAGAUGUCUGACGCUGCAAGAAAUAAUUCAACAUUCGCCGUCAGGGAAAGAUGGAAUGGAGUGGAAGAUGGAGGCGCAAUACCGGAGGGGAGGUUGCUUCUUCAUUAGGAAAGUAGGCAUGGCAUUGAAACUGUCUCGAAGAGUUAUAGCGACGGCCUCAUACUACUUUAACAAGUUCUUUAUGCUACAAUCGUUUGCAAAUAUCAACAUAAGGAUUAUUGGAACUGCUUGUGUGUUCAUUGCUAGUAAGGGUGCCUGUAGCCUACGGAAUGUUAUUGUUGUUUCCUAUUGUCUCAAUUACACUCACAAUCGAGAAGAAGCUAUGAAGCGCAUAAACGAGAGUCAGGUUCUAAUAAGUGCUGAAGCAUGA